CAUCGGCGGGGCUCUCACUGGAGCUGCGUACUGGGAACUGACUACAUAGCAAUGCGGACGAAGAAGGGCAAAAACGAGGGGAAUAGUCCGGUUUUCACUUAAAACCCGGCGGCUCGGGGCUUUGCUUGGUUGUAAGGCAUGAUUUAACAAGGACUUCGCCUCCAAAAACCGCACGUAAAAGGACAUUAAGUGGCUCGGAAGCAGCGCCGGGGCGGAUAUUUUCCCGACAAAACCCUUACCCACAUUCCUAGCUGCCCCGCUCGUGUGGAAUAGUCAGCUAAAAACAUGAUUGCUUGAUUAUUUUUAAACAGUCUUGUAGCUUUUUGCCAGCACCGCUUCCCAUUUUUUCACAGACUCGCUAUGGUGGACUCUCCUAACACGAGGAAGACUUUUGUGGUCCCAGACAUAAAGCCAUUGGAUUUGUAUGACUGUACUAAAGCAAAAAUAUGCGCAAGUGUCGGAUGGCUACUGGCAAAGUCCUACGGCAGUGCAGAACAUGUCCCUGCAGAGCUGCGUGACCCCUUCUACUGUGACCAGUAUGAACAGGAACACCUUAAACCGCCAGUUACGCGCCUCCUGCAGUCCUCAGAGCUCUACUGCCGGGCCUACAGUCUAUUACUGGGGGGCGCCGGAGUCGAUGCACAGCCCAAAGACAACGCCGCCUUGCUGCAGCUCCUCAAUCAGAGAGGCAUUGUCUCCAAAGACCAGGACACACCAGUGACUGAUGCAGACCUCCGGCAUAAACCUAUCAAAAUGAGUGCUCACCUGGCAGUGAUAGAUGCCCUGAUGGCAGUGGGAGCCAUGGAGACAGUGACUGCGGUGAAGACAUGUGGCUCUGCCGAUCUGCUGGGCGGAGCCUCCAGCUGGCAGGAUGCUGUGCUUCAUUGGGUUAACGAGUUGAACCAGAAGUUACGGGAACGUACUGAAGGAGCCCAGAAUGACACGUCUCAGGCCAUAACAGAACCUCAACCUGUUCAACCCUCUUGUCCUACUCGCUGGUACUGGAAACUUGUUCCUCUCCGCUACAGGAAGGAUAAAAUACAGUCCAGACAAAAGCCCAUAUUUCCAGUGGUAAAUGAAGUCAAAGAUCUGUCCAGUGGUUGUGCUGUUGCUGCAGUCAUACAUUAUUAUUGCCCUGGCCUGCUAAGACUUGAAGAUGUUUGUAUGAAGGAGUCCAUGUCUGUAGCGGACAGCCUUUACAACCUGCAGUUCAUCCAUGAAUUCUGUGACAGCUGUCUGAAGAGCUGCUGUAACUUGGCACUGGAGGAUAUGCUGUACACACCACAGGAGCUUCAGCUCAACUUGCUGAGCUUCCUAGCAGAACUGCUGAACUGGUUUGAAGUAAGAAGGCCAGAAUUUGUUCAGCCAAUAGACACACUGGAUGGAUCCACACCCGUAACACCAAGUAGCUUGAGUGGUAGCAGUACCUCACCUUCCAUCUUCAAGAAGCCUUUCCUCCCCAUCUCCUCUCCUGCGUCAGGAUCUUUGACUCAGUCUACCUCAAUGUCUCAUAUAGAAGGAGUUGGAAAGACAUGGAGCAAGAAACCUCUCAGCCGCCCCUUGUCAGCUGUUUCCUUCAGCAUUCCUUUUGGCUUGGACAGUGACGUAGACAUUGUGAUGGGCAACCCUGUGAUAACCCGCUCCGUGAGCUCAGACCAACUCAACCCAGCAGGCCAAAACAUGACGCGGGUGCCCUACACCCCUCCUGAAGACCUCAGCCAUUUGCUGAGCAAACCCCCUGGCCCUAACGGUCCACAGAGAGCUUCUUGGGCCACUCAGACUCCAAGUAUUCCAAGGUUGGCAGAGGAAAACGGCAUUGCAGCAAGUGAAGCAGGGGAGCUGCCUACCAUUGAAGAGGCUCUCCAAAUUAUCCACAACGAGAGCAAGAUGGAGCCCCGUUUACACCCUGACGGUGCUCCUGAUGGCUUCUACCUCCACUCCCCAGAUGACCCUGCUAGCUCUAGACAUAACAACCUAGCACCCAUCAGCUGCUCUGCCCCUACACGCUCAGGAAUGAUGUACCGCCCCACGGGAGAGUCCAGGGAGCCCACUCGCAUCAGAAACACCUCCGAAUGUUCACGAGAUGAUGACUCGGUCUUGAGAGACGGCAGUGUGGACUCAGAUGCGUCAGAGGACCUGCCUAAGGCCCAGUCCACUCCAACCACACCAGCUGCUGGUGCAAACUCUGUUAGAGGCAAAGAGGUGCCUGAUAGUGGUGUGAAGAUGACCAGCUUUGCAGAACGCAAAAAGAAGAUUAUGGAUUCUCCCAAAGCCAGCGACCCGUCUUCUUCUUCUCCUCCUCAGAUGACCACAUGGGCACAAAAGUCUGAAGAAAGCCCCGGCAAGAGCCCACAACUCAAUAAUGAAAUGUCUGAGCUGGGAACUCGGCUUGAAGAAAAGCGCAGGGCUAUUGAAGCCCAGAAGAAACGCAUUGAGGCCAUUUUUGCAAAGCACCGGCAAAGAUUAGGGAAGAGUGCCUUUCUGCAGUUAAAAAAGGAGCAGCGUGAGGAUGAGGGGGAAGGAGGGGAUGGCCAGGUCAGCACCUCAUCCACUGAAGAAGAACUCUCUCGCUUGACGCUGGAAGAAAGACUAGCUCGAAUGGAAGAGGAAGAGCAGCAGGACCAGGAUGAACAGCACCCCUUAGUGGAGGAUAAGGGUAACUUCAAAGGAGGACUUCCGCUCAACAAACAGGUCAGUCACUCCAAAGAAAAGGCAGGCGCUCCAGGAGAGAAGGGUUUGGGGACUCCCGGCGAGAAAACAGUAGCUCCACUAGGGGACUACAACAAUGCUGUGUCCAAGCUGACUGCAGCUCUUAGCUCUCUGCAAAGUGACAUGCAGCGGCUGACCGAGCAACAGAACCAGCUGAUCCAUAAGAAAGCUGCAGGUUCCAACAACAAAUCCUGGGUUAUUCCAGCAAGCCCUAAAACCUCCACCCCAGCUCCCCCUGCACGCCUGUCGCGGGAAUCCACCAGAGAUUUAAAUUCAGCCUCCUCCUCUCCUUCUCCAUCCCGCAAAAUCACAAACUACACCACUCCUCCUAAAUCUCCCAAAGUCCAUCGCAGAGCCCAGUCUGUGCCCCCUAAAAGCCCCAAACACCACCAGCACAGUCGUCCCAUGGACGUCAAGGUCCCAACCCUGUCGAGGGUUAUCACCGCACCUCAAAGUGUGGACCGCAUCCCCCACCUUCGUCGUGUAAAUCCCUGGCAAUCCCACGACCAGACUUUGUCCUCAUUCUCCAUCGGUGACUCUGACAGCCUAGAUGAGCUGCGCUCAUCUGGACCAACUCCUGUCCCCACACAGAUACUGACCCCUGUACCAACUCCCACCCCAACUCCCCGUCCUGCCGCAGAUGACGCACUGUCGGAGGUCGGCUCCAAUGAUGAUCACAGUAUAUUUAGCAUGGACCUUGAGGCCGGACCAUUGCAGGGUCCUUUGGGUAAGAGGGAAGUGCUUGAAAACAGAGGCUGCAGCUCUGGUGCUCCAUCAGAGUGCUCCUUUGAGAGUGACGUCCCUGCAGCAGUGCUGAAUGGCAAACGCAGUAGCCUGAUAGAGAUCUCGCUGUCUGCUCUACGAGGAGACGGGGAGGAGGACGACCAAGUACCUGACGCUCUCUCGGACUCAAUGAGUGACCGGACAGAGCCAGAGACGAAAGGAGGGGUCGGCUUCUUUUUCAAGGAUGAUAAGGAGCGAACGGAGGAUGAGAUGGCCCAGCGAAGAGCAGCUCUGUUGGAGAAACAGCAGAAGAGAGCAGAAGAGAUGAAAAGACGCAAACUGGAGCAGGAAAAAGAAAAAGAAUCAAACAAGCCUCAGUGGAUGAUCAUUGAGGGCUGGGGGAAUAAGAGCGAGGACAGACCCCAGACCCCGGGCACCCCUCCAGCAUCACGCACCCCACCGGUAGAGGGGACUCCCCAGCGUAGAGGAGACUUCACUCGGCAGGAGUAUGAGAGGAGACAGCAGCUAAAGAUCAUGGAAGACUUGGACAAGGUGCUGAGGCAGAAACCCACCACAGUUCGCGGUGUCAAGAAGCAGAGACCCAAGACUGUGUUCAGAGAUGACUCCGUCCUCUCUAAUAGCCCUGCCAAGGGUUUCAUGGGCACCAGGCUGAACAAGGUGUACUCCCACUCAACGAUGAACCUGUCCUCCGUGGCUAAUGAUUCUGGAGGCUUGACUGUCAGGAAAUCCCCCAGCCGUUCACACUCUCCAUCCCGGCUAAUGUCACCAGGACGUGCUCAAAACAGAGAGAAAGACUGGGAGAAUGGCUCAACUAUUUCCUCUCCCGCCUCAAUCCCAGAAUACACGGGACCAAAGCUGUACAAGGAGCCUAGCUUUAAGUCCAACAAGUUCAUCAUUCAUAAUGCUAUCACCCGCUGCUGCCUGGCUGGGAAGGUCAAUGAACCACAGAAAAACAAGAUUGUAGAGGAAAUGGAGGCGAGCACGGCCAACCACUUCCUCAUCCUCUUCAGAGAUACCAGCUGCCAGUUCAGAGCAGUUUACACCAUGAACCCUGAAACCGAGGAGAUGGUACGGCUCACUGGCAUCGGCCCCCGGAUCAUCACACCUGAGAUGGUUGAGUCCAUUUACAAGUACAGCUCUGACCGCAAGCAGUUCACUGUCAUCCCGUCCAAAACUAUGUCAAUGAGUGUUGACGCCUUCACCAUCCCAGGUCACUUUUGGCAAAAGCGCCCAGGAACUCCCAAGAAGCUUGGCACCCCCAAAUAAAGUCAGGUACAUGAGUAGAGAUGUUACCAUUCAGGGAACCAACUCCCAACUUGACUCCCAAUGUCCUCGAUUUUGGCCAGUGAGGCACUUGAGAUUGUGCAUUAAACUAGCAGUGGACAGCUUGACUGAUUAGGCUUUUGGCCAGCUAUCGACCUGGACACCGAGAACAAUCAACUCUUCACGCCAAGAGAAAGGGCCAAUCACUCACUCAUUCAGCCAAUGUAUUUACAAUAGUUUCUCUCUUGAGGGCUUCUGAUUGGCUCUGCCUCGUCUACUAGAUUGUAAAAUGUAACGCGACUGAUUCUGUUGGGAUGAAGAAUUCUCUUGCCCCCUUACCCUGCCUCCUCAUGCCUUGCCUUACCCUGCCCCCUGGAGUCAUUUUCGCAACUCUUAGAUAAGAAACGAGGGGACAACCACACUGCCUUCGCCCUCACUACAGUAUUUUGGGCCAGAGUAGUUCCCGCCCCUCUCAGUUCUGCUUGCUUUUCCUUUUGCUGCCUUUUCUCCUUUUCUUCCAGGGCUCACUCUCUCUGCGGUCUGCUGAGACGAGUGGCUCAGCUCUCAGUUCUGAUAGAUCUUCGCUGAAAAUGAAUAGCAGGUACACGCUGCUCUCGUAUGAAUGUAGGGCACACACUAACCACUCAUUCCAUUCGAGGGUGUUUUCUGGUGGUUCCUCUGUGGGCUGCACUGGUGGUGGCUGCCAUGGUCGUUAAUGCACACCUAGACAUCACCCGUGCCCCCACAGUUUGCAUUCCACUCCAUUCCUUCAGCUGUAGACAUCUGGAUGUUUUUUUUAUACUAUUUUGACAUGUUUUUGCUGGACAAAUCAUUUCAGCCUUUCAGAGCUGAAAGAAGAAUGAAAUUCAUGUGACCUUUUUCCCCUCUUCACUUGCUUUUUCAUUUUCGAUAUGUGAUGAAUUGAAAUGUUUUCCGAGCGAAUCUUGAAAAAUACUGGAAACAUGAAGGAGGGCUUUACCACGUCUAUUAUUUGGAUGCAGCUCUGUGUGAAAAUGAUAAUCAGUGCUGAUUUACUAUAUACUGAAUGCUGAUUACUUUGAUUUUUUUGACAAUGAUUUGUAAAAAAAAGUAAGUUGACCUUUGUAAGCUACGAAUAAGCUAGCCUGCUGCUUAAGCAUUAGUGAGAAGUAUGUUUGAGAUGAGAAUGAGUGUAUGAGAAUGAAAAGAAAUUGUCAAACAACUGAAAAAUGCUGAAACCUUUUGUCUAAGGAUUAAUAAAUCCUUUAGGUCACUGGGAGUCUGUUUCCUAUUAUCCCUGUUUGUGUGCUGCUGCAUAUAAACAUUAGAUUUCUUAAUGAAGGAUCAUCCUGGACUGUAACAGCCCUAAUCUUCUCCACACAGAGUCUCCUUCAUGUAUAACUGGGGGAAUGUAGAACACCAAUGUACAACACUUUUUUGCCGGUGUGUCCAUGCUGUUAGGAAAAACACUUGACCCUGCAGUUGCUUGUGAUCAGGUCACCACAAAACCUGUAGGAAAUUGGCCUUCUUCCCUUCCUUUGCAGUCUUUAGCACUACAGCAGCUGCCAUGGUGCAGCUGUCUACUUUAAACCACUGACUGCCUCCAACAAAUGUCGUUUGAAUGAGAUUCCGAUACAGAUAUGAAAAAAAGGUUGAGAGCAAGAUUUACGAAGAAAAAAAAGAUUGAUUAAAAGUGUGAGUGCAUUUGGAAUUAAUGGAUGUUUGUAUUUAUGUGUUAGUAUGUGGUAGUUAAACACUAUAUUUUGAUUCUGUGCAAUUCUCCCCUAGAACUCCCCACGUCACCCAGAGGUGUAUUUAUUUGGUCUGCAUUAGAUGGUGCAUUUGAUGUUUAGUUUUAGGUUCUACUUAUGUCUUAUUUUUUGGUUAAGGUGGUAAGUCUCUCAUUUCAUAGAAGCUGUCAUAACGUUUAUGUUGUUUUCUUUUUCUUCUGUUAUCAAAUUUGUGCCAGCACAUCAUGUAUGAUCAUUUCAUAAAUUGACUAUCCUUGGCAACUGGACCAGAUGAAUAAAAAUACUUUUAAAAUCA